CCUCCGUUCGCCGGCUCUAGUAUUGUGAGUGAGUGAGUAGUGAAGCCAACCGUCAUUCUCCUCCUUUCUUCAAGGGUGCAUGCAUCACUUGUGAGAAAACGGCGCUAGCGACUCUCAAGUUCAUUGCCCGUUGGCUCGGUUCGACUUGACUUCUAGUCCCCGUAUCGUCCUACUUUCAUUCCAGCUUUAUUUUACAUUUCCAUCCCCACUUUUUGGCUCGUGAGGCGGACUGGCUAACACUGACUGGGCGUAGCUGGAGAGGAUUUUGCUAGCUUGCAGCUGCACUAACCGAUUAAUCAUCGCGGUCUUCUGAAAGUCUUGAGCGAUUGUCAUCCUCUGAGAUUUAAAUCAGCCAGUCUUGCCCUACAGAGACGAAACACUAUCAUUCAAAGGGGAGAUGAAGCCGGAUGGGGUUGCCACGGCAGCACUGGAGCCAAUGGAAACAUUGGACUCUAAUCCAGCAAAUGAGGCAGCACCACCUGCAGGGCAGGAGCCCGACCUUGUAUCCGUUCCAGCUGAGGAGAUGCCACAGCAUUCUGCUGGAGAUAAGGGGGAAGUGGAGCCACAGGCAAACCAGGGCAAGGAAACCCCAGCUGCCAAGACUGGCACCAAGGCCUCUGGUGACACUAAAGCCAAGGCUACCAACAAGGCUGCUCCUAAGACAAAACCCAGCACCACAAGCUCAUCCAAGGCUCCAUCUGGCCCACGUUCAAACCCAUCCCAGAGUCGGCUGUCAAAUGGCUCGUCUAAGCCUCAGACUAAUGGUGUAGUUAAGAAGACCACACCUGCUGCAGAAAAAAAGGGCACCCCAACCUCUGCUUCCAUCAAAAAACCAACUGGGACAGCAGGUGCACCAGCUUCCAAGACCACUACUAAAGUUGGAGAGAAAAAGGCUCCAGGGACCCCCUCUACCACCAACAAUGCAAAGUCAACAGCGGGAGCACCAGCAACCAAAAAGACUCCAUCCAUUACUUCUAAUGGUGUCAAAUCCAGCACUGCUGUGGCUGCAAAAAAGCCUCCAGUUUCCAAACCUGCUUCCGCAGCUCCAACCAAGAAUAGCUCUGUUGACUCAUCCAAGGCGGACAAACCCCCAGUUUCCAAAACAACCAGGUCCACAGUAGGCACAGCAGUUUCAUCUCGACCAGCUACUGGGUCGUCUCUGUCAGCCAGCACAGCCAAGAACUCCACAGCUACAUCCAAACCUGCCACCCCUAAAACUGCCUCCACCUCUAUCAAGACUGCUACUCCCAAAUCAAGCACCACUACCCCCUCAAGUGGCAAACCUCCUGCAUCACAGCCAAGAAACACAACUCCUGUGAAAAAAGAUGUUACCAAACCAGCAACUCCAGCAGCCAGAAAACCUGUAGAUUCCCCUCUCACUCGACCUUCAUCUACAGCAAAGUCUACUAAACCUGAGACUCCCAAGACAAAAUCAGAUGUCUCCUCUAAAAAGCCACCCACAAAUAAGGCUGUAGAAACAAAGACACCAAACCGCUCCAAACCACAAGAGAGUAAGCCCAUGGCUUCCAAGGAUACCUCCAAGACCACAAGCACCAAAACAGCUAACAGCAAGGCCUCCAGCCCCAAGAAGACUGUGGGAAGUACCACUCCAACUCCUGUUAAACGUGGUCCUAAAGUUGAACGUGGAAAAGAAACUGGUGCGGUAAUUGCUGCUGCUGCAACCAUCGCUACUGCAGCAUCUGUCUUCGCAAGGCCAGAAGAGUCUCAGCCUCCUGCAGAAAAUGAUUUGGAGCCAUCUGAGCUCACUGUUGAAGCACAGCAAGAGAAAAUACCGGAGCAUGUACAGAAACCGACUCCCGAGCCUGUGCGGGAAUCAUCGCCUGAGCCCAUAAGGGAACCAGCCCCCGAGCCCCUGCAGAAGCGGGAACCAACCCCCAACUCAAUGCGGGAACCAACCCCUGAGCCCGUAAGGGAACUAACACCAGAGCCCCUGCAGAUGCGGGAACCAGCCCCCGAGCCCCUGCAGAAGCGGGAACCAACCCCCGAUUCAAUGCGGGAACCAACCCCUGAGCCCGUAAGGGAACCAACACCAGAGCCCCUGCAGAUGCGGGAACCAACCCCCGAGCCCGUAAGGGAACCAACACCAGAGCCCCUGCAGAUGCAGGAACAAACACCCGAGCCCGUAAGGGAACCAAUACCAGAGCCCCUGCAGAUGCGGGAACAAACACCCGAGCCCGUAAGGGAACCAAUACCAGAGCCCCUGGAGAUGCAGGAACCAACACCCGAGCCCAUAAGGGAACCAACACCAGAGCCCGUAAGGGAACCAACACCAGAGCCCCUGGAGAUGCAGGAACCAACACCAGAGCCCGUAAGGGAACCAACACCAGAGCCCCUGGAGAUGCAGGAACCAACACCCGAGCCCAUAAGGGAACCAACACCAGAGCCCGUAAGGGAACCAACACCAGAGCCCCUGGAGAUGCAGGAACCAACACCCGAGCCCAUAAGGGAACCAACACCCGAGCCCUUAAGGGAACCAAUACCAGAGCCCCUGGAGAUGCAGGAACAAACACCAGAACUGUUUCAAGAACAAACACCUGAGCAAAGAAGUGAAGGAUACGCCAAUGUCCGGAUGUCACCUCAGAUGACCACUUUAAAAUUUGAAGACAGCAGUUCGGUUCCCUCCUUGGGAACUACUGUCAUGUCUCCCCCUUGCUCCCCACCAGGCCCUUCCUCUCCUGUUAGAGAAUCACAGAAUGGCUCCUCAGAUGUUCCAUCUGAUUCCUGGGACAGGAACCAGUCUCCUAUUGUUCUGGCAACCCAUAGGUUGCUUAAUGUGAUGACAUUCCAGGCAGAGGAGAAGAAUGAAAAAGCAUACAAAGUUCAGGGGAUACAGGAUGUUGAGAAAGAAAAAGAAGAGCAGGAGGAACUAGUUAAAGAACCCCUAGUUCUGCCUACCUCGACAACUCCAGAGGCCUUUUCUGCAGUUGGACAACCUCACAACUUUGGUGCUUUGCCUUUGGAUAAUUUCAUCUACAGAGACCUUGUAUCUCCUCAUGAAAAGGAGGAGGCAGUGGAAAAGGCUGAUGAGGAGGUCAAUGAGGAUGAUGAUGACGAUGAAUAUGAAGAAGAGAGGAGACCAGGCCACCAGCUUUCAUCCUUGGUCACUGACAUGAGUACGUCUCAACCCUCUGAUGAAUUCCAGGUACGGUCGUCGGCAUUUGGAGGUUCGGCAGGUUGGCACGCCGAUGACCUGAUGUCUGGGAUGGACUCCGAGGAUAUGAGCAGCUGCACCAGCAGCCGACAGCAAGGAGUGUCCGACCUCAGCAGCACUCAGCACACUGCUAUAUUAGAGGGCACCCAGAGCUCGGACGCCUUGAUUGAUUCCAGCCUCAGAGGUUCUGAAGGAGAGGGUAACCUCAUGGGUUCUCCCAAUGUGGAAACCCUGGCUAAUGAGGAAGAAGAGGAUGAAGAUGAUGAGCGGGUGGACAAUAUGGACUUGAGCUCAGAUCAAACAGAGGAGCAUCACAAAGUGUUCCAGUAUCACAAACAAGAGGAGGAGGAUGAUGACGAUGUGGAGAUGUACAGCGAAGGCAUGAUGGAGAGCGGUCAUGUCGAUGAUGACUUUAACAAAGAGGAGCACCUGGACAACCUGCCCCUCUCUGGUCCAUUGUCUGGUGUUCCCCGUGCAUCCUCCUGUGGUCAGACAAACCCUUUCUCAGACACUUGGGCUCAACCAGCCUCCCUGCUCUCCAAGUCCUCCCCAAGCCCUCUGUCUGACCACUAUGUUGCAGAAUCGGAGACUCCCACCCAGGCUUUUGCUCAGCCAUGUGUUGACUGCAGUGCCCCUUUUUUUCCCCUAGAGGCAGACCAGGAACCACAGCACCAUCGCUCAGCACAUGGGGAGGGUCAUGACCUUCUUGCUGCUUCAUCUGUGGGCAUAUCCCAGUCCGGGACUGCUCAACCUACUCACAGUGGCAGUGAAACAAGCACUCCUGAGGACCUCCGUGAUUAUGACAGCAGCUCUGGAGUAGAGUCCCACUCUGAUAAACAGCAGACCCCAGUGCCGGCAUCAGUUCAGCCAGACAUGGACCAGGACUUGGGCAUUCACUUGGAAAAAGGAGAUGGAGAGGAGGAAGAGGCUGAGACUCUUCCUGCAGAUGAGGUGCUUGGAACAGGAACCCCAACAGCUCCUGCGUCCGUCCCUUCUUCCCCCUCUUCCUCCAGCGAUGACGCCAGUGACACAGAAGGGGAGAUAGAGAUUAAUGACCCAGAGGCACCUAUGAUGAUGGAUGAAAGGGCUUCAUUUGAAAGCCCUCCUCCUACCUGUAGCUUGUCAGCUCUGGAAGAGGAUGAGGAGGCAGCAGAUCUACCAGCUGGAGAGGUUGAAGAGGACGGAGGUGGCGCCACCCCUCAGUCUGCCAAUUCUGUGGCAUCUUAUGGCUUUGACUGCACCACAUCCAACUCCAAUGCCCACUCCAUGGCCGAGAGCUGUGGUAAGAGCCCAGGGAUCUUCUCCCUUGAGAAUGAGGAACAGCUUCCAGAGGAGGCCAAGGACCCUUCCCUAAUUAAGGAGCUGACCCUGCCGUCAUCUGCUGCUGCAUCCCAGGCCAAGGAUCUGCUGGGCAGCCCCGUGGACCUGAUCCCUUUGGGCUGCCAAGGAGACUGCUUUCCCUGUCUGGAUGAUCACCACAGCUUUCUGCUUGGAGAAAAUGUUGCAGCAGAUCACCAGAAGAAGGCAAAUCAACUGGAGGGCAGCGAGGUCCUCGUAGACCAGGAAUGUGGUGACUCCGACAACAGCCUGACACCUUACUUCUCCACCAUAUGUGAUAAGACUGAUAGUUUUCUUGAAGGUAACGUAUAAGGCACCCCUAUGAUCCCUGGAAUGCACCUUUUUCCUGCUACCUUCCCCUUGCCCUCCGUUGUUUGUUCUUCUCUCCAGUUGGGUUAGAUGUCUUAGCAGAAGAAAAGGAGACCAAGAUUGUAGAGAAAGAUUUUUGAAAAAUGAUCGGAGACGGAAAAAAAUGACUGUAGCGAUUUUUAAAUGAAGCCUCCCUCUUUCUUAUUGUUCAGGCCCAUGUUCUGAGUGUAUGGGUAAAACUUUGUUAUGUACCAUAGUUACUACCUUUUCUAGUUGAAUGUUCUUUUGAAGUAACACUGCAUAUUCUGUUCCCCUAACAGUGUAUUGACUGAUUGGUCUAUUGUGACUGGGCCUUUAAACUGAGAAAGAGGAAAGAAACUACCGAUGGAAGGAUAUGGACUCAAUGUGUAUUUAUCCUACUGUUUUUACCAAACAAUUGUCAAUAAUUUCUUUUUUUUUUUUUUGCAUUUGCUUGUUUUUCUGUUUGUUUUUUUUGGGUUUGUUUCAGUUAAACCUGGUCCUCCCUACCCUUUGUGCACUCUCCGUGUUCUGCACUAUAGCGCUAGUCAAAUACUCCU